ACUGUUGAUGACGCGUUUACGUAACUGCUGACCAGAUUGCGCGAAAAACAAACGCAUAGUUCCUGUUUCGCAACAGCCUUCGGUGGUGGUUCGGUACUUUCUCCGGGCAUUGACUGGCAACUCGAACUGGUGAUGGAGUACGGGAAGGAGCGAGUGGUAGCUCUGGUGGACAUGGACUGUUUUUAUGUCCAAGUGGAGCAGCGACUGAACCCGGAGCUGAAGAACACUCCUUGCGUAGUGGCGCAGUACAAGACGUGGAAGGGAGGCAGCAUCAUCGCUGUGAGCUACGAGGCUCGCGCCCACGGCGUCACCAGGAACAUGUGGGUGGAUGAUGCCAAGCAGCUGUGCCAGGACCUCCGGGUGGCACGGGUGCGGGAGUCUCACGGCAAAGCGGACCUGACUCAUUACAGGGAAGCCAGCGUGGAGGUGAUCGAGGUGAUGUCUCGCUUCGCCGUGAUCGAGAGAGCCAGCAUCGACGAGGCCUACAUGGAUCUGACUUCUGCCGUCCAGCAGCGGCUGAAAGACUUGGAGGCCUCUGGGAUUGAUGCAAAUCUGCUGAAGACCACUCACAUCCAAGGUUUCCCACACAGCAACUCUGAGCUGGACAGAGACGAGGAGAUCGUCUUGGAUAAAGAGGCGCUGAGAUCCAGGGGUGUCCAGCAGUGGUUGUCGUCUGUAUCUGGAGGAAGUGACUCCCCUGAGCUGCAGCUGACUGUCGGAGCGCUUAUCGUGGAGGAGAUGAGAGCAGCGGUGGCGGAACACACCGGGUUCAGGUGCUCUGCUGGGAUUUCUCACAACAAGGUUCUGGCCAAACUGGCGUGUGGUCUGAACAAACCCAAUCGGCAAACCGUGCUGCCGCUGGAGUCUGUGGCGGAGCUGUUCAACUCCUUACCCAUCUGUAAGAUACGAAAUCUGGGCGGCAAACUGGGCUCCUCCAUCACUGAAACACUGAGGAUAGAAAACAUGGGGGAACUCACCCGCUUCUCACAGGCUCAGCUGGGGCAGCACUUCGGCGACAAAACAGGUCAGUGGCUCUAUGACUUGUGUCGGGGGAUUGAAUUCGAGGCGGUCAAACCCCGGCAGCUUCCCAAAUCUAUUGGCUGCAGUAAAAACUUUCCAGGGAAGACGUCGCUCGCCACAAAAGAGCAGGUUCAGUACUGGCUGCACCAGCUUGCUCUGGAGCUUGAGGAGAGACUGACGAAGGAUAGAGAAGUGAACGGUCGCGUGGCCAAGUUGCUGACUGUCGGCGUCCGUCAGCUCGGGGACAAGAGGCCGAGCAGCUUCUCUCGCUGCUGCGCUUUGGUUCGCUACGAAGCCGCCAAACUCGCCGGCGACAGUUUUGCCAUCAUCAAGAGUCUUAACACUGCUGGAAACCAACAGGCUGCCUGGUCUCCUCCUCUCACGCUGCUUCACCUCUCUGCCAGCAAGUUCAGCGGAGCUCAAGCAAGGGGCGGCAUCGCGGGCUUCCUCUCCUCUGACGUCACCUCAACUCAAGCCAGACUCGAGUCUCCGGAGCCAAAAGCCAAACAGCCCGGCUCCAUUCAGUCAUUCUUCCAAAAGGCAGCUGAGACACAGAGACAGAAAACCGAGGUCCAACAUGAAGUGAAAGAAGAAGGAGGGUCAGCUCCCUCCACUGCGUCUCCUAAAAAGCACAGCGACAUUUCUUCUUUCUUCAGUCGGAGAAGUGCUGAAAGUGGUUUGCAGGUGAAUUCACUGCAGGAGACGCAACUUCCUGAUGAAGACGCUGCAGUGUCCAGAGAUGAGAAGGAGCCGAGGGAAGAGCUAAGCAACACUGUGAGCUCAGAAGAUCUGAUCCAGUGUCAGCGCUGCGGGCGGGACGUGUCUGUGUGGGAAAUGCCAGAGCACAACGACUAUCACUUCGCCAUGGACCUUCAGAAGUCUUUAUCUUCAAGCGUUGCCUCAUUAUCACCGUCUUCUCUCCGACCUCCAGGUCCGUCCCAGUUAUCCAGGGGUAAAACCAAAAGCAAAGGUCAAACUGGGCCGCAGCCCAAAAGACACUGCCACCAAGGUUCUGGAACUCUGGAUUCAUUUUUCAAAAAAAGUUCACAGUGAGGAAACAAUUCAAUAAAACUAUUUUAAUUGAAAACUGUUUUCUGUGUUUACACACACCUCUCUGACGUCACCUCCGCUGUUUCAGUUCCACUUUUAUAAAUACACAAUUUUGUAUUUACCGAUCGAGAUUGUGUUUCUCUAUAGCAUUACAUUUUGUUUCAAAAAGAAAAAAGGAAAUGCGGAAAAACAGGUUCUAAAAUGUUCAAUAACACCCAAGAAACAGCACAAAUAUAAAAAAAAUAAAUCUGUU